ACACUUCGCUUGGGAUUCUAACUAGUCUUUAGCUACUGUGGAUAUAAUACUACUCUCCUUCUUCCGGACCUUUUGGUGGAUAUUUGAGAAGUCUCUCGCACUCACAUUUUUGUGGCUUACCCGGAAAAUCAUGACUCUGGAAGAAGUUCACGGACAAGAAACCGUUGUUGAAAGCACUGACAGAAUGCAAAGUGCUGGCAAAUCCCUGCAUGAGCUACUGGUCUCUGCCCAGAGACAGGAAUGUCUGACCGUUGGAGUCUAUGAGUCUGCCAAAGUCAUGAAUGUAGAUCCAGACAGUGUUACAUUCUGCAUUUUGGCUGCUGAUGAAUACGACGAAGGUGAUAUAGCCCUUCAGAUCCACUUCACUCUGAUUCAAGCUUUCUGCUGUGAAAAUGACAUCGAUAUCGUGAGGCUGAACGACACAGAAAAAGUCGCUCAAAUACUAGGCUUAACUGAUGAGUCUGCAGAACCCAAGGACCUGCACUGCAUCCUUAUUACGAAUCCAAAUGAGGAUGCAUGGAAAGAUCCAGCUCUGGAGAAACUUGCUAUAUUCUGCGAGGAAAGCCGCAAAGUCUAUGACUGGGUUCCCACUAUCACCCUGCCCGAGUGAACAUCUUUCCUCUACGUUAGGUUGUGAAAUCUCUGCAUUAUUAUCAUGGUGUUGUGCACCUGGAUGGACCAGCAGCAUUCCGAAAUCGGUGGAUUACGCUGGUUGAGGUCCGAUUAAGUCGCCAAGACUGGCAAAGAUGUUGGCUCUUGUGGAGCAGAAGAGUAAGGAGGAAAACUUUAAUGGACUGAUCUGCAGAAGAAAAGAUUGGUGCCAGUGUGAAGCCUUCCAAAGCACUGGGGGGUCAGUCAUGCCAUGAAGUUGGAGGAGUUUUGCAUGUGUGCAGGACUUAUGGGACUUUUUGCAAAAAGAAAAAAGGAAGCUUUUGAGAUGGAUAUGAGGCAAAUUAAGCAGCUAGCUAAAGGAAAAACCUGUUCUGUAUCUGCUUUUGGAGUUUGCUGAGAUAUGAAAGAUGAACUUUAUACACAUAUUGGAAGAGUCUGGGACUAUGCAUCUCUGGAUUGCAAAUUGAGACUGAAUAUUCUGAUCAUUGCAGCUUGUUAUUGGUCUUUACAGUCAACUACCCAGAAUACAUAGAGGAAAAAAAAAACUUUCUGUAUUUUCAGAAUUUUGGCACUGUUGCAAACUGAAGUGCUUUUCUUGAUAACACCUGACAUUUAAACUGCUAUUUUAUGUCAUUCAAUAAAUAAUUUUGAACUU